AAAAUUAGUGAAUGUAACAACUUGCAAUUAUCAUGAACACCGCCGGUGGCGCUAAAUUAAACUUUUGUCUUAAAUAGCUAAUUUGCGACUGUUGGACAUAGAAUCAUAACAAUUAUACAGCCAUCAUUGUUCAAGAAACAAUAAUUAUGGACAUGUCUAGAGAUGAAUCUUUUGCUGCACAGCGACAUGGCAGGAGAAGUUUACAGACAUUUGAGGCCAUGUUAGAUGGUGGUUCUCCAGCUGUGAGAGACCAGCAAAUCAGUAAAGUAUUUAAAAGGAGAAGUACAGCACUCAAUGUACAGAAAUCAAUACAGUUAUUAGAUGAGAGCGUAGGAUCCCCAUCCACAAAGGGAUGGAGAACUCCGGGUGGAACACUAAAACACACUUCAUACACCCCACGCUUGUUGUCAUCAGGAACAAAGUUUGAUGUUUCAACAAGAUUUGGACCAACUCCAAAAAAGACGCCUCAGGGAAACAAAUCAUUUCAAAGAUCUUUUCAUGAUGACAGUUUUCAAUCAUCAUUCCACAACACAUCUGGGCUGAGACCAUUACAGGAGGAGGACAUGACUGAGGAGAUAACAACAACAAAUGUUGGCCUACUUUUAGAAGAGGAUCCUGGAGUCUCAGCAUCCAAAGGUUUGUUUGAGGAUUUCCUACAGUGCCAUAGAGCUCAUCCGUCGGAAGCAGAACUAUUUCUUCUGGUGGAGGAAUAUCAGAAGACAUGUAAAGAACAAGUUGUUAUGUUGAAAAAACUUGUCACACAUGCCUCAAGACAAGAGGAAAAGAUGAGAAAGACGUUUAUAGUAUUACACCAGCUGUAUGAGGAGGAGGCGACAUGGAAGCUGAUCAGGAGUUUGUUCAAGGACAGACAUGAGACUUGUAUGAGGGAAGAGUGUAUGAUGGAAGAGGGGGAGGAGGACAUACAAGUUGUACAGGGUAUAUAUCAGAGUGAUGAAAAGAUAGUGAAUGCCUUGUUUGAUAGAGACCAGUCUGUUAGAGAAGCUCAGUUAGUUGUGGACUGGCUGGAGAGUUGUGCCCAGGAUGAUUGUGAGAAUUUUGCAGAUAAUAUCAAGUUUUUCUCUGACAGAGCUGUAGGAUAUGAGAAUGCCCGCCAUAGGUUACAGAAUCAACAGACUGGGGUACCAGCUGGUGCAGAGAGAAAUCUUAUUACAGAACUCGACCCUGAUGCACCAAUAAGACAAAACAGGCUUCUAGAUGACCUAGACAAAGAAGAUGAAGAUCGCUUAUUGCAGUAUAUUUUUGUGUGUUUACGAGCAGGGCAACUUGAAAAGGCACAGAAAAUGUGCUCUGACUGUGGUCAGGCAUGGAGGGCAGCCACUUUAGAGGGAUGGAAAUUAUUUCAUGAUCCAAACUUUGAGGGUGUUGGACCAGAAGGUCAGAGACGAGCUGUUAUUGGUAAUCCACAUCGAGACAUUUGGAAGACUGUGUGCUGGAAUAUGUCACAAGAUGCAAGAGUUGGUAUUUAUGAGAAGGCAAUUUAUUCUGCAUUGAGUGGUAACCUACGAGGUGUACUGCCAGUAUGUAAGUCCUGGCUGGACUAUGUGUGGGCAUAUUUCCGUGUGUUUGUUGACCGGAAAGUGGAGGAUGAAAUCAGAUUGAAGACAACAUUGAGCCGAUCUCUAGCCAUUCUACCAGGAGAAUACUGGGAGAAAAAUCUGACAACAAGAUCUGUGUUCAAGGAGAUAGAAGCUAAUGAAGUGAUGCAGAAAGAAUCAAUGGGUCUGUAUCAUCUGAUACAGAAAUAUGUUAUUGUUGGAGACAUUUCUGGAUUAUUGGAUUUACUGUAUGAACGUGUGAGGCAACAAGGACAAGAUGUCUCGUUACAUGCUCUCAGAUUUAUGGCUCAUUUUGUUCUCUUUCUCAGAACCUCGGAGCAAAAUACAAAGGAGGAGUUGUGUAAUUCAAUAUUAGAGUGUUAUGUUGAACGACUGAUCAGAGACAAACAUUAUAAUCUCAUAGCUUACUAUGUAUCAAAGUUACCACUGAAUGCUCAAGUCCAUUGGUAUGCUCUCUUCUUAGAAGGUAUAACUAACAAGGAUGAGCGUCAACAUUACCUGGACCUCGCAGAGGAAGCUGGUCUUGAUCUAGCAGCUGUCACAAAGAAAGUUGUAGAAAAUAUCCGUAUGAAAUCAGAUGUAGACUUUACAUCAUUACAUGAAGCCCAGGAGUCUGUAGACACUGUUAUCUCAGAGGAGGACAGACUGAAGAUAGAAGCUAUAGAUUGGUUAGUGUUUGAUAUUGGCCAGCGUGCUGAAGCUCUCAAACAAGCCAAUGCUGUGAUGAGAACUUUCAUUGCAUUAAAGAAGAUAGAUGCAGCUCGUGCAGUGUUUGAGAAAUUACCACCAGAUUCUGUAGAUGUUGUACAUAGAACCUGGCUGCAACAGACUGGGACAACUAUGUUACCACUAGAAGACAAGAACGCUGUCAGGGAAUAUCUCUGUUUUAAAGCUUAUCUGGAUGCCAUGGAAAGUUUCAAUGAUUGGAUCCAGCACUACCACCAUGGACAACCGACACAACCAGCACCACCGGAGGGUGGAUCAUUCACUGAUAGGGUAGCUUAUGAACACAGAAUGAAACAAUAUGAUCAAGAAAGAGAACGAUGGCACCACAAUUUGCUAAUGCAAACACAGACAACCAAAGAUCAUAUAUACAAUGUGUUACUGUUUGCUGAUGGUGGCUGGAUGGUGGAUCAAGCUGAGGAGGAAGGAGAGGAGAGUAUAGCAGACAGACCAGAUAGUGACCCAUUACGACAUGAACAGAUGGAUUGUCUACGUCACCUUGUACUACCAGGUCUUGUCUUUCUGCUACAAACUGUUCUACAUACUAGUGAACAAUAUCAGGAAUGUGUUCGUCUUGCUGACAUCUUAGCAGCUGAGCAAAACAAACUAUACCAGGUGUUUAGACAAGAUGAGUUACAGAGAGUGCUACAUCUUCUACGAGAGUCCUCCUUGAAAUUGUUAGAUCAGGGACGUGGUCCUCUAGGAUAUGAACAUAACUAAUGUUAAAUGUCGGAAUCAAACUGGUCACAGUCAUUAUACAAACAUAGUAUGACAA